AUGGGCCUUGGCCGUUCGGCAAGGUACAAGGAUUUGGGAGGGAAGGUGAAAGGAGUUCCAGAAAGUGAGAAGGAGAAAAAGAUUUCCGGUGAGAUUUUGGUGGUGGUGCUAGGGCCAAGGAGAUUUCCGGCGAAUUUCCGUGGUGGUGUAACCAAGAUGUCUGAGAGUGAAGAGGCCAGUGAGUAUGUUUGCUCUGAAGAUGAGAGUUCCCAGACAGAGGGUUUUGUAGAAGGGCUUAUAGAAGCUAGGAUGGUAGUUCAUGAGGGUGAGAUGGCUGGGCCAUCAGUAGAGUCUGGGUCAGAGGCAUAUAGGGAGAUGCAGAAGAAGUAUAAAGUGUUAGAAGCCAGUGUUGAUCGGGUUCUAGCUUUGGCACAUACACCGAAGGUGGGCUCGAGCAAUCAGACAUCACCAUCAGAGUCUGUGGGUAUAGCCGUGGCUUCAGCUUCAGAGGGGGUGGACAUCCGGGUUGGUGUCCCGUUGGGGAAGCGGAAUACACUUACAGAAGCAAAGUUGGUUGAGCUUCGGACAGAUUAUAGUGUGUCACCCUAUGUGGGCCUGAGGUUACCCAGUGCUGCGGAUGUAGUGAGAUAUCCUCCGGAGGGUUCAGUGAUGAUAUUCACCGAUAUGUACCAGCAGGGUCUCAGACUACCGUUUCAUCCUUGGGUACAGAUGAUGCUGGCCAAGUUGGGCCAACAUUUGAGCAGUUUAUGUACUUGUAUUCGAUCUCCAAGCAACAAGGAACCUUUGGCUGGGUACAAGCCAAUUGCCGGAAGGCAAAGGAGAGAGGUUAUUAUUGGGCAUAAGCCGAGUACGCAGAAGUCUUGGCGGAACAGAUGGUGCUUGGCCUAUGGUGAUUGGGAGUGUCCUCCAGGGAAGACCGUCUCCAGACACAUUCCAACCCACUUCCAGUCGAUAGGUUCGGUGAAGUGGGGACCGAUCUCCAAGGAGCGAGAAGACGAGGUUGAGAGAGUGAGGUCACUGUUGUCGGAGACCCAGCGUGAGCGUAAAAACUUAGUCACCCAGAAGAACCUGUACGAGUUUGGACUCUUGCAAGGGAUGGCAGGGAUCAUAAGGGGGAGCACGAAGGUGGCCAUGGAUCUGGAUGAUCCCGAGAUGCAGAAACGGCUGAGGAAGUCUCGGGCCAAGAAGGCAGAGAAGGGAGCGCUGGAGGAAGCUCACCGGAGCGUGAUGGGGAUAGGGCCGAGGCUUCCUCCCUUUGACCCGCAGGCACCGCCGAAGCUCCCCUUUGGUAUGGAUGAUGUUUACACCGAGGGGGUAGAGAAGGUGGACUUCUCUGGGCUGCGUCGGCAGAAGAAGGAGGUGAACCUGGCCAUGCAUCGGCAGGAGGUUCCCUUGGUGAACGUCUUCCUGGAAGGCGUGAAGAGUGACCCAAAGGUUCUGGCGAGGACCCCGGCUACCUCCUAUGCAGAUCGGGCCCAGAAGACGCUUCUAACCCAGGCCUAUGCUUAUGGCAAGAUGUACGUGAAUAUGGCCAAGGCAGAUAAGGAGAUCCAGAGGUUGAAGAGGCGCAAUGAGAUGGCCAAGGAUAAGAUAGCGGAGGCGCAGGAGGCCAUCCAAGAGAAGAACACCCUGGUGCUGUAG